AUGCGCCCUCCUCUGCAGCACCACGAUCUGCUCUGCAGAUUCGCCCUCUUCUGCAGACUCAAUUUCUGCAGACACGCGUUCCUCUGCAGCAGGAGUUCAUUUCCGCUUCUGCGAAGUACUUCUGCUGCAGUGCAGGGCUCCGCCCUGUCUUUUGCGAUUUCCGCUUCGGUAGAAUUUUGCGUCCCCGCAGAACUCGACGACCCUCUGCAAGACUAUACCCGGUGCUGUUAG